GCAUCCGAUUGAUUUUUAUGUUCAGACAACUUGCUCCCUCUUUUAUUUUCUUCUUCUUCUCCUCCUCUUCACUAUGGCAGCAGACGGCCCCUAUACACUUGAUAAGUUACGCAGUACUUUAAUUCGCUUAGAAGACACCAUUAUUUUCGCCCUUAUCGAAAGAGCACAGUUUGGUUUGAACUCUUGUAUCUACGAAAAGGGCGCUUUGGAGUUCAAAGGUGCUACUGGAGAGAAAAACUUUUUAGAAUACUUUUUAUGGGAAACAGAGAAAGUGCAUGCCAAAGUUCGUAGAUACACUAGUCCUGAUGAAUAUGCCUUCACUUCUCCAUUGCCAGAACCUAUUCUUCCUCCACUUGAAUUUGAUAAAUUUUUAGAACCCAAUGACAUUAAUAUCAACGAUAAGAUCAUGGCAGCUUAUAUUAAGGAUAUCGUGCCUGUGAUUUGUAAACAUACAGACGAUAAAAAUUAUGGUAGUUCUGUUACAAAAGAUAUUGAAGCACUUCAAGCAUUAAGUAAGCGUAUUCACUUUGGUAAAUUCAUUGCGGAAUCCAAGUUUAGAUCCAAUCCUGAAGAAUAUAUUCGAUUAGCUCUGAUAGAAGAUAGAGAAAAAAUUGAUGAGCUUUUAACAAACAAAGCAGUGGAAGCUCAAGUAUUAGAAAGACUUCGCAGAAAGGCUCUUGUAUACGGCCAAACAUUAGAUGAAGCACAAGAAGGCACAAGUAAACAUUUGCGUAUUCCUGUUGAAGCUGUAGUUGAUCUCUAUCAACGAUGGGUAAUUCCUCUUACCAAGCUUGUUGAAGUAGACUACCUUAUUACCCGAGGCAAAGAAGCCCAUCUUAAGAGAAUACCACAAUAAUUCCUAGGAGCCCGAGGGAAAGCAGAAAUAAACAAAUUCGAAUAAACAAUAAUACACUCAUUUGCCUUUUU